AUGGCAUCUUGUUAUCGAGUCCUGAAGGCAUUAUGCAUCGUCUUAAACCUAGUCAUGUACACCCUUCUCUUGGUCAUGAAUUACGCGUCCAACAACAAAAGCGGAAUUCUAUUUGGAAACAAGUCCUUGGCGCAAAUGGCACGUAAAUACUACACAGAGUUUAAUCCAGCCCCGUGGGCUUUUGAGAUCUGGAAGCUGGUAAACGCAUGGACAUCAUUGUGGAUUCUCUACAGCUUAACCCACAUCCGAAGAAAUGUUCCGGACGUUUUAACUCCGCUUUUCUUUGUCUGUUUCACCAUGGCUUCCGUUUUUAACAUGGCUUGGACGCAGUUCACGAGCUGGGAUAUCAUAAAUCCCGCGACGGGGUUUGUUUUCGCAAUAUUGAUUUUCCUUUACGCCACCCUCUUCUGCAGCUACUCUGGUUUAUACAAGCAACGGUACUAUAUUCGACGUUCCGAGUUCUGGUUUAUACACCUCUUCCUUAACAACGGCAUCGCAGUGUAUGCGACCUGGGUGACCGUGGCUGCUCUUCGAAGCCUCGCACUAAACAUGACAUAUCGCCACGGAAUAAGGCAAGAAUAUGCCGUUACCACUGUUCUCGGAAUUCUCGCUCUUUGGAUGGUGAUAUUUUUUAUUUUAGAGAACACUCUUUUUAAAGAACACCUCCUUUACACUCUAACAGUUUAUCCUGUUUUAAUCUGGGCUUUUGUAACCAGCGUGAUUUUCAAUUUGAAACGUGUGAGUCGCACAAACAACGCCCUCAUGGAGGUUCUUCUGGCCGUGUCAUGCACGUUUUUCGUUGGGAAGAUCUUCCUCUUGAUUUGGAACGUUGUUCGAAGGAACAGAGAAAUACGGGCAGCCGCCGAUAUAACCAUGUCUGAAAUGCCCCAAACUGACCAACAGCACGAAAAGUACACGGAUAAAUCAGAGGGUAGAGAGGUCUUCGUCUAA